AUGAGUGAUGGUUCAUUGAGGUACGACGCUAUAUUUGAGGGUAUUUUCAAAUCGGAAGUACUACUUGAUUAUGAUAUUAGUAGAAUAACAGAAAACAAAAUAAGAAUUUGCUUAAAAUAUGUUCUUUAUACUCAUUCGUAUACUAAAGCUGAAAAGCAGUAUAUAACUGAUUUUGCAAAUAAUUUUAUCGAUGGGAGAAAUAUCAGAGAUGAUGGUCCUUACCUUAAAUGGAAUUCUAAAAAUUUAAGAUUAGAAAGAAGCGGAGAUCAUCCAAUUGUUCUUAAGGAACUUAGAAAAACAAAUGCAAGAUGGUUAGAUGAGGUUAAAUCACAUUGUGAAAUUAAUAUUAAUUCAGAUUUUGUUAUUGGUUGUUAUGGAUUAACAAAAAAUCCAGAAACUAAUGAAUUUAUGCUUAUUUUAAGUCAAUAUAAGUAUGACCUGAGAGAAUAUAUGGCUGAAAACCAUUCUUCACUUACUUACCACACUAAACAAAAUGAUCUUGUUAUACCAGAUGGUAAUUAG